CAAAAUAUUUCCUCUGUCAAUUUCACGUCAAUUAAUAGAUUGUUGUUUUUUUUUUAAUGUGUGUUUUCUUAUCGAAAAUAAAAAAAUCUCUGCAUGAAUUGAAUCGAGUUCAUUGAGAAAGAAAUAGAGAGAGAUAAUAAUAUUCAGUGCAUAUCGCAAAUAAGUGGGAAGAGACUUUUGCAUGAUAGGCGUGUUUAACAAAUUAAUAACGAAAGCCGGGAAAAAAAUAUUGUUUGCGUGUAUUAUUGCCAUUUAAACGUGAAAUUAUUAAUUUUAAUCGAAAAAAAAAAAAUAUGUUACAAUAGAAAGAAAAAAAAAUGUACCAGUUUCAAUUGUUGCAAUGAAAAAAGUUAGAAGGAAACAAUUAGUGGAAUAAUCUCUUGUAUUUGGAUAGAGUGAAAACGUAUUGUGGAAUUAUGGAUGACACGAUCGAAUCGCAAAAGUGGCAACAACAUUUGUCACUUUUACGUGAACAAUAUUUGACACUUUACACGGCAAAUGCAGAACUUCAACAAAAAUAUGCGACUCUCGUUGCUGGUCAAGGAGAGCAAACGGAAUCAGGAUUUAUUGGGAGACUUCUUGCUGCUGUUUCUUCACUUUAUUCUCAACAGCAAUACAGUGAUUUACUUGUAAAAUUAAAAGAUCGAGAUGUACCAGCUCAUAAAUUUAUUCUUUCCGCACGAAGCGAUUAUUGGUCAUCAAUUCCUGAAAAAUCGGUUCUUGAUUGGACAGAUUUGGAUUCACAUGUUGGCAAUGUAUUAUUAAAAUGGAUUUACACGGAUUUAGUGCAACAGGAAAAUUUAACACUUGAUUUAAUGAAAGCGGCGUCAAAUUUUCAAUUAAAUGAAUUAGUUGAAAAAUGUGAAAUAUAUUUAAUUGGAAAAGUUGAAUUAAAAGAUUGUGUUUCAUUAUAUACAGUCGCCGAAGAAUUGGGAACACGAAAAUUACGAGAUCAUUGCAGUUCAUUAAUAUCCGCCCAUUGGGAGGAUUUAACGGGUGAAGAUUUUAAGGAAAUGCCAGGAGCACUUUUAUAUCAAUUAUUACAAACAAAAAGCAAAUAUCCUUUGCAUUCUGCAGUUCGUCUUCAGAGGGAAGAUGUUGUUUUUCUUUAUCUCGUUGAAAAUAAUUCUGAGCUGUCAAAAGCAGUGAAUGUUGUUGAUCAAAAAGGUGAAACUGCAUUGGAAGUUGCAUUAAAAUCACGUCAACCAUCAUUGGCACGAACUUUAGUUGAACAUCAGGCAAAUUUAAGUUCAAAAGAUUCAAGAGGAUUGACAUUAUUGCAAUCGGCAAUUUUAAAAGGCGAUUCAUAUUCCGCUGAAUUUAUUGUUGAACAACUGGAAAAUAAUGGAAAUUCACAGAAAUUGAGUGAAUCAGUGAAUAUAAUUGAAGAAAGUGAAAAUGAAUUAAAUGAUAUUCAAGGAUGUACUGCACUUCAUUUAAUUAGUAAACAUAAAUCAAGUGAUAUGAUUGCGGUUGCCAAUCGAUUAUUGCAAACUGGAAUUAAUCCAAAUCUUCAGGAUAAACGUGGCUGGACGGCUCUACAUUAUUGUGUCAUCGAGGAUAAUGAUGCAUUACUCGAUCUUUUGCUAGAGAAAAAAGAAUUAAAUUUAAAUAAAACAACAAACGAUGGUCAUACAGCGUUAAGUUUUGCAUUAUUUAAAAAACCAUUUUCCAAAUUAUCAGCAGAGAAAAUAUUAGCAAAAAAUGCAAAUUCAAAUCCAAUUUAUGAAAAUACAAACGAUACAUUACUUCAUUGUUUAGCGCGUGAAAAACAAGAGGAGGCAUCUUUAUUUCUUGUUGAAAAUUGUAAUGAUAAAAAUUUAUUUAUAACAAAUAAUGAGGGUUUAUCAUGUUUACAUGAGGCAUGUAAAAAUGGAUUAGAACAAUUAACACGUAUUCUAUUGGAAAAAGAUUUAUCAACGACUUUAUUUACAAAAAUAACUGGUGAAGCGCCAAUUCAUUUGGCUGUUAUUAAUUUAUAUCACAAUGUUGUUGUUGCAUUGUUAUCGGCAAAAGAUGCACAAUUACAACUUAAUUUAAAGGAUCAACAUAAUGGUGAAACACCAUUGAGUCUUGCUAUUAAGGUUUCAUUGAAAAAAGCAAGGGAUAUUAUUUUAACUCUUAUUAAAGCUGGCGCUGAUAUUAAUCAGAGAAAUGAAAAGGGAUUGACAUUAUUGCAUCAGGCUAUUUUAAAGGAGGAUUCGGCGACUGCAAUUUUUUUACUUGAAAAUGGAGCUGAUAUUAAUGCCAGAACGGAGGAAGGAGAAACGGCUUUACAACUUUGUGUUCAUUGUCGACUUGGAGAAGUUGUCGAAGCACUUUGUGUUCGAGGUGUAGACACAUCAAUGGGAUGUCCUCUUUGGGAUGCUUUGGAAUCAGAUCAGGAGGAUGUGGCUUCAGUUUUAGUGGCACACGGCGCUGAUACUGAUUGCUGGGGUCCUGGACCCGAUGGAUGUCAACAAACUUUACUUCAUAAAGCCAUUGACGAUAAUAAAGAAGAUAUUUCACAAUUUCUCAUUAGAAGUGGUUGCGAUUUAAAUUCACCGAGACGUCCGGGUUCCGAUGGCUCGGGUGGUGAAGAAUCACGUGAUCAAUGUUCACCAUUGCAUCUUUGUUGUCAAUGGGGAUUGGAAAAAGUUGUACAAACACUUGUUGAACAUGGGGCAAAUGUUAAUGCUCGCGAUUGCGAUGGUAAAACACCAAUGCAUUUUGCAUUAAAUAAUCAACAUUCACAAAUUAUUUUUCUACUCUUGUGCCAUCCAAAUAUUGAUUUAACAAUAAGAGAUAAAAAAGGAAUGAGUCCAUUUGCAACGGCCUUAACAAUGCGUAAUAAUAAAGCAGCUGAAUCUAUUUUGGAUAAAUUACCAACAGCCGCCGAACAAUUUGAUAAUAAGGGGCGAAAUUUUCUUCAUAUGGCUAUACAAAAAGAUGAUAUGGAGAGUAUUUUAUUUCUUCUCGCUAUUCAGGUGGAUGUGAAUUCUCGUGUUCAGGACGUGACGCAAACGCCACCCUUACAUUUGGCUGCAAUUUCAGGAAAUGAAAUGCUAGUACGAAGUUUAUUGCUCGCUGGUGCAAGAAUUAAUGAUAUGGAUGCUCAUAGAAAUACUGCAUUACAUGCGGCUGCAAAAGCUGGUAACGCUCCUGUUAUAUCCGCCCUUUUACAGAAUAAUGUUAAUUUCGACGCGGUCAAUGCCGAUGGUGAUAAUGCAUUACAUGUCGCUGUGAGAGAGGGACAUGUUGCUGUUGUAAGAGCACUUUUAACAGAAUGUACAUUAAAUGCCGAAGCUGUGAAUUUAAAGGGACGAAAUCCUCUUCACGAAUUGGCACGAUGUGGAAGAGAUAAUGCAGCGACAAUUUGCGAUCUUUUCCUCGAGUGUAUGCCUAAUUAUCCUCUCAACAAUGCUGAUUUAGAUGGAAGUACAGCGCUAUUGAUUGCCUAUAUGAAAGGAAAUGGAAAUUUGUGUCGAACUCUUGUUAAAUCCGGAGCGUGCCUUGGAACAAUGAAUAAAGAGGGAAUAACAAUAUUUAAUUAUCAAGUGGCUACUAAACAAUUACUUCAUCGUUUACUCGAUUCAUUGACACAAGAAGCGCCAUGGGCGGAGAAAGAUUUAUGCUUGGAAUGUGGUACCAAAUUUUCUUUAACGAUGCGAAAACAUCACUGCCGUCAUUGUGGACGAAUUUUGUGCAGCAAAUGUUCAGGUCAGGAUGUACCGAUUUUAAAAUUUGGACUAAAUAAACCAGUGAGAGUAUGUUCGGUAUGUUUUGAUGUAUUACAAGUUGGUGCUGAAUAAUUUCAACAUUAAAAAAAAAAAAGACUGGAAUAAUCAAAGUUUAUACAGCGAAUUUUUUCUUUUUUUUUUUUGUCAUUCCAAAGUUGAAGUUAAUUUUAUGAAAAACAAAUGUAUAUCGAUAUUUAGUAUUUUAUGUCUUUAUAAAUAUAUAAAAAAUAUAUAUAUAUAUUAUUAUAUACACACAAAUAUUAAUUAUACAAAUUGGAUCAAGUUACUAAA